CCUCUAUAACACUGAGCUGGAGAAGUUCAGUGUGUAUGUGUGUGUGUGUGUGUGUAUAUAUAUAUGUAUGUGUGUGAGAGAGUGUGUAUGUGUGUGAAGGGGGGAGACAGAGACAGAGAGAGACAUCCAGCAGCCAGUGUAGAGUAAAGUGUGAUUCGAGGAUGGAUGCAAUACAGUGUUGUCUCGCUUUCCUCCUUCUGUUCUUUAACGCUUGGAUUCACCAGUCUGAAGCCUUACAAUGCUACUGUCAUCGCUGCCCGAACUCGACGUGCACCACAGACGGCCUGUGCUACUUCGCCAUCACCAAGUCGGCCAGUGGGACUAAGAAGGAUAGCUGGUGUAUCAAUGACAGUGAGCUGAUCCCACGUGACCGGCCCUUCAUUUGCGCACCGUCCGCCAGGGACAACACCGGCGUCUACCCCAUGUGCUGCAACAUGGACUGGUGCAACAAGAACCCCAACCUCAGCAUCCUUCCAGUGCCGGUAGAGAAGCCUCCCUCACUGGGUCCUGUGGCUCUCGCGGCUGUGAUCGCUGGGCCCGUGUGCCUGCUCUGCUUCGUGCUGGUCACUGUGUUCUACGUGUGCCACAGCCGCUCGGUCAUCCACCACCGCGUGCCUAACGAGGAAGACCCAUCCAUGGACCACCCGUUCAUCACCGUGGGCACCACGCUCAAAGACCUCAUCUACGACAUGACUACAUCCGGAUCGGGUUCUGGUCUCCCAUUGCUGGUGCAGAGGACCAUCGCCAGGACCAUCAUCCUGCAGGAGAGCAUCGGGAAAGGCCGCUUUGGGGAGGUGUGGAGAGGAAAGUGGAGAGGGGAGGAAGUGGCGGUGAAGAUCUUCUCCUCUCGCGAGGAGCGCUCCUGGUUCCGCGAGGCUGAGAUCUAUCAGACGGUCAUGCUGCGUCACGAAAACAUCCUGGGCUUCAUCGCUGCUGAUAAUAAAGAUAAUGGAACAUGGACCCAGCUGUGGUUGGUGUCGGAUUACCACGAGCACGGCUCCCUGUUUGACUACUUGAACAGAUACACAGUGACCGUGGAAGGCAUGAUCAAGCUGUCCCUGUCUACCGCUAGCGGCCUGGCUCAUCUGCACAUGGAGAUCGUAGGAACACAAGGCAAACCAGCUAUCGCUCACAGAGAUCUGAAAUCCAAGAACAUCUUGGUGAAGAAGAACGGCACUUGCUGCAUCGCAGACCUCGGUUUGGCCGUGCGCCAUGACUCGGCCACAGACACCAUCGAUAUCGCCCCCAACCAUCGAGUGGGCACCAAAAGGUACAUGGCCCCUGAGGUCCUUGACGAUUCAAUAAAUAUGAAACAUUUUGAGUCGUUCAAGCGAGCAGAUAUCUACGCCAUGGGCUUAGUCUUCUGGGAAAUUGCAAGCAGAUGUUCGAUUGGAGGCAUUCAUGAAGACUACCAGUUGCCGUAUUACGAUCUGGUGCAGUCAGAUCCGUCAGUGGAGGAAAUGAGGAAGGUGGUGUGUGAGCAGAAAUUACGGCCCAACAUUCCCAACAGAUGGCAGAGCUGCGAGGCUCUGAGGGUGAUGGCGAAGAUCAUGCGAGAAUGCUGGUACGCCAACGGAGCUGCUCGCCUCACCGCCCUGCGCAUCAAGAAGACGCUCUCUCAGCUCAGCCAGCAGGAGGGGAUUAAAAUGUAGGCCUGUGCUCCGGGAGAGUUACACACCUUGGCAUAUUAUUAUUAUUUUUGUUUCUUUGAUUGUUUGUUGUUGUUUUUGUUUGUUUUUUCAAAUAUCUGUUCAUUAUAACGGUCACGCUCAUUCUUCUGAUUAUCCAUGAUUAUCGCAUUAUGACUUUUCGCGUCCUCCGUGCGUGAGAGAGAGAGAACAAGAGGGAGGACAUGAGCACUAAGCAUGAAGGCUUGUUUGGAUUUUUUUCUUUAGCUUUGAAUGAGUGACUUUAGCCAGUGAAGAUCAUUUAAUGGUCAGGUACUUUAUUUUUUUUCCUGUUAGCCUGGGAGAAAUGAGAUUUGCUGGAGACAUAUCUCUCUAGGGAAUUUGCACCUUGUGUUUUCUCUUUCCUCAACACUUUUUUUUUUUUUUUUUUAACUUAUUUUUUGUUUUUUUCCAACAAACUGGACAUGACCUCAUUCAGUCUUGGCAAACAUGCUGCAACAUAUGCAAUAUAGAGAAAUCCUAUCCUAUAUUUUAUAUCUUAAUGUGUUCUGUUACUACGGCAACAGUUACAACAGCUUCAACAGCUACAAUGGCAUCCGUGCCCUCCAAGCCAGGUGUUACCGGAAAGUGCCACUGCUUUAAACCAACGUUCCCUCAUGCCGUGGCUCGGCCCCUUUACCUUUCGCUGUCCGUCUAAAACGAAAGAAAGAACGCAAGAACGAGCAUCGCAGGCUCUCGGUCGAGUCCAUCGUUAUUAUGCACACGCAGCGAACGUUAGCAAGGGGCCACCACACACAACUUGCUGGUGCCAUUUCUUCAGUUUUACAUCAUCUUGAUCCGUUUCGUCAUCAUCUUCAGUGCAGCACAGAGGGACGUUUCAGCUCAGACUUCAGUUCAUCUCCAGUUAUGCUGAUCACGGGUCCGUGUUGCUGAACUCCAGACAUGGGUUAGCUGGCGGGUCUUCGCUCCUCCUUGACACAACGAUCUGGAAAGAGGAUACUCCGAGACCUAAUGCGGGCCACAUCGGCCUCUUUUUUUCCCCCCACCCAAUGCACUCUGUUUUGUUCCUAACUGACACACGGAUCGGGAUAAACUGAGCUACUCUCACAGACUGGCGCUUAAUACAGAAGACUGGACGAAAAUAAAAUAAAAAAGAAGAAGAAGAAAAAAUAAAAAAGAACUUAUGAGCAGUAUGACUAAAUAAAAACUCAUUGCAGUGUUUGAAGUUGAACACAUCAGCAUUACGCAAGUUGCCGUGUAAAAAAAUUUGUCUUUCCUAUGGUACUCUUGGUUUUCAGUGUUGCAAAGAUGAUGGGGUAUAUUCAUUUAUCUAUAUAGCAAAUAGAUCUUUACUAAGCCAUAGACUUUCCAACAUUUUAUGGCGACUUUUUUUUGUGUGUGUCUCUUUCUGUGUGUGUGUGUGUGUAGAAUGUAACUUGUAAGAAAAAUCCUGUUGACUGCUUCAGAUCUCCAUUGAGCAAGCCUUAAGGGACCAAUAACAUUGGAUGUUCCUGUUUUUUAUUCAAACAAAGCAAAAAAAGAAAGAAAGUGAUGUUUCAAAUAACUGUCCUUAAACAGUAGGGUUAAUAUUCUGUAUAAUGGAAGGAUUAAAUGUAGCAGCAAAUCUAGUUUUGAUUGUUAUAUCUGUAGAAGGACGUCCUUUUUGCCACACAAAUAAGCUUUCCAGUCAGAAAGGCAAACGACCAGCAGUGGGUUGUUGUGAACUACACUGAAAUGAAUUAUUUUCCUAUAAUAGCACGUCCUGAUGGGUUUCAUUCCUCCUUCAUCCAUAGCAAUUUGCCACGAUUGGAAUUUUUUAUUGUAAUCUUUUUAUCUGUUUAUUGAUACAUUUUGUUGGUUUGUGUUAAUCAUACAUAAUAGUAAUCAUCAUAAAUAAACACAGAAAACUUCAACACGUCUGUUUAAAAAAAAAAAUCUAUUUAUGUGGCGGCUCCACCAUACAAGUAACCAUAUAGAAACGAUAACAUAUUGGGACAAUUAUGUUAAGUUUGUAGCCAGGAUUGCUAUCUGAGUCGCUGUUAUAGAAAAUAACUCAACGCCCUCUGAGCAGAAUUGUACGGAAGCCCUAAGAUACCACGCGUUAUUAUUAUUAUUUUCUUUCUCGUUUUCUCGUGAGCAUGACAUAACAAAAAGGCUGUUCUUGCACCAUGGAAUUUCCUCGUGAGAUAUCUCAAACCUUGUGAAUGGGACUGGUGUCGCAUGAACUUUGGCGUCCUUCUCAAGUAUUGGACACCAAUGUGGAAGUUGUCCAUCACUGACAUACAUGGAGCUGUUUCAGCUUGAGUCCCUGAUCACAGUAAAAACUCAUUUGUUCAUCCAUUAUAAUUAGUUGUGGGAUUGCGCUAAGCUUUUGCAGCCUCUAGAACAAUAAAAACAUGUUGUUAGGUCAAGAUCACGAGAAAAGGAUUUCAUAAUCAUAAGAAAGAAAAGGACAUGAUGCUUGGCCUCUUAAUGCUUCUGUGGUAUAAUCCAAAUUAUAAAAUGUAUUGUUUGGAUGCCUGAGGAAUGUCGGCCUUCUCUAAAGCAUCCAUUUUCUAAGAAAUCAUUACAGUGCUGGUUGAAGCAUUAUGGUACUUAGCAUGCUCAUCAUGUUUUGUCUGUUCUAUUUGUCUGGUGGGUUGCUGUUUUGUUUUUUUUUUUGUUUUUUUGCACUUUAGAGUGAACACCCAGUGGCCGAGAUGACCUCUGAAUAGCAUGGCAUGUUUACAGUGCAUUCAUGUACUGUGAUUGUACUGACUAUAUACAAACUUUUAUAGCCUUCAGUCAAAACAUGGGUGAUGGGGGAUAGAAAUACCCCUUUAUUAGACACAACAUCCUGUGCAUGUUUAUUAGUGUGGCAAACGGAUGUUUAUUUGUGUCGCUUCUUUUCACUGGUCAAAAAUUUGGAUUGAUUGUGUCUUAAGGCAACUUUGCUGCAUUUUCGGCCUCUGUACAGGAGCAAAAAAUAGGAUUUCAGUUCUCACAGUGAUUGGUCGUAUAGUUAGCAAAAUUUCAACCAAAUAACUUUUUCAGAUUGAGGCCUCUUCCUGGAAUCUUUUUGAUUCUACAUUGGUUGUAAAAAAAAAAAAGAAAGAAAAAAAAAAGGGGUCAUUAAAAUUCGAAAAAUUCUUUUGCCAGUUAGUAUGUGCAAAAAAAAAUGUAUAUGCAUAUACAUAUAUAUAUAUAUAUAUAUAUAUAUAUAUAUAUAUAUAUAUAUAGAUAUAGAUAUAGAUAUACACACACACAUAUAUGCAUAUAUGUAUGUGUGUGUGUGUAUAUAUAUAUAUAUAUUUGACAUUCUUCUCUCUUCAGGUUUUGCUCAAUUUGUUUUUUUGCACAUGUGGAGUGUUUUCACACUAGAUACAUAUGAAAUAUCAAUUCACUCGUUAUGGAUGAAGGUAUGAGACCAUAUUCAGGGUUGUUGUUUUCUUUUCUUCUUGCAUUUUUAGUUAGAGGACACAGACGUCCUUUUUCUGCUCCAGUACAGAGAUCUAACACUUUUGCCCCCCCCCCAAAAAAAAAAAAUCCCGUUAUAUGCUGAGAAACGUCCUGAGUGGAGUAAAUAUAUGAUGAAGGAAGUGUUUAUAAAUAUGUACAUUGUAAAUAAGUAUCUAAGUGUAUGUAACUUGUCUGUUAGCUUGGUGGCCCUGUGGCACGUACAAUUGGUCACGAAAAAUUGGACAGCUGAAUAAGUUAAAGCGAACCCAUUAUGGUCAAGGAUCGAGCACAUCCCCUCCAGAAGGUAUUAUAGAGUCUAAAAGGGAAGAAAAUUAGAUUUUGGUCAUUUAUUAUUGCUAAGGUCCAUCGAAGGCGAGCGUAAUCAUACUUUCUGGGAAAUUUAUUUCAUCGUGCCACUGCAGACGUUACUGGGCCGACGUGCAUUUUCUUUCGUCCGACACAUUUCUGUCUUAAAUCACCAGCAGCCUUUUUUUCUUUACGGAUUCAGCAGUGACCUAUUUAGACGCGAAAACAUGCAUAUCCAGGUAUUUCUUCACAGUGACAUGCAGGUAUCCUCCUGGCCUUGACAGGUCAAACCACACCAGCUAUGACUUUUUACAGGAAAUCCAUACCGCUGCACCUCUGGUUCCAUGCGUGCGGGUGAGAGCGAGAGGACUCUCUCUAUAACACUCACCCCCUCACUGUGUACCAUCUUGUAGCUGGGGGAUAUUUUCAUACAUUUAACGUCGUAUUACGUACAGUAGGAAAGCGUGGGCUGUUGGGACAGGCUCCUCGACCUCUCUCCCGCUCUUUUGCUCUCGAUGUCACUUACUUCUGUGCCUCCAAACCCAUCUGCACCCUCGAACACAUGCGAGGAUACACUCAUCCCGGGGGAUUUUAAGCGGCAGUGUUUUCAUUAGGGGUCCUGUUAUGUGGCCCAGACUCCUGCACGACCGUCUGCUGAUAAAUUGCUGCGCGUUUGCUUUUUAUGGUGCAUUUUUUUGGUGCAAGUUUUAUUAUGCAGCUUUUUCAUACAACCAUGCACAGAUAUUUGCACAAAAGACUAACUCAGUUUAAUUCAUGCCUUUUUUUUUUUUCUUUUAAAGUGGAGUAAUUCUGGAAAGGUAAAUGUCUCUUCUGAAUACAGCAGACGUGAACGUAAACUUUAAACUCGACAUUCCCACCAAUUUGUGUGCCACCAAUUAGAGCACGACUCGCUGAGCAAGAAAGGUCACUCAUAUGCCGAAGAGGGCGUACAGACGGGUUAGUGAGUUAUGCAAAUGUGUACGGCGACACAGUCCUCAGGCUUUCUACUGGCAAUUGCCAAGUUAUUUAUUACAGUUUGAUUCUUUAUCUAUGCCAACAUCCGGACACUGUGAGAAAGAUCCUGGAGGGACGGUGGCCCGGUAUCACCAAAAAUCAUGUGAGCAGGUAAUGAAACAGUGGAGCUGAUUUGAUUUAAAGGAAAUGGAUCGGCAUAGAGAAAGCAGGAGUCUGGGUCAUUAAAGGACUGCGGAGCCAGCCAAGGUGCUUUUUCAUUCUGUGUGUGUGUGGGUGUGUGUGUGUGAGUGUGCGUGUGCGCGUGUGUGUGGUUGUUCGUACAUUAUGGAAAGGCAGAAGAAAGCUUUAUCAAGUUUUAUUUGGUGCCUAAGUUUGACUAUAUUGUGUUUUGUAUUCCAUGUAGAAUGAUGCACUGCAUGUGACUGAUUUCUUAUGUUUGCAUCAUUUUGGUUUUUAAGGAAAUUCUUAAAAGAAGAAGAAAAAAAAAAGGUUUAAAGGCUUAAUUAGUUUUAAAACAAAAAAAGGUCAGAAAGUAAUCCAGAGGGAAAAAAAAUACCUCCUUCAAAGACCAAUGUAUUUUUACCUCAGUGUAUAUAUAGUUGUUUACUUCAAGUUUGCAAAUUUGUUUCUAUGAAAUGCUAAAUUGAAGAAUUCACAUUUUGUCAGUGGUACUUUUACGUGGCAUUGUGUUGUUCUUAAUUGUGUCUAAAUUAACUGUUCCUUUUUUUCUUUUUUUUUCUUUUUUUUUUUUUACACCAUCAUCUGUGUUUUAUUUCUCGUUCUGUUCUGUUCUUUAGUUCUUAAGUGCUUUAUCAGACCAUGUAUUUUAAUGCCUCUUUCUCAAUUGUGUCGAAAAUGCAUUAUGGGCCUUUUUGUAAAAAAAAAAAAAAAAGAAAAGAAAAAAAAGUCUGAGCUGGUCAGUAGAGAUUGGUGGCAGAGAGAGCUCUCAUAAAGGCUUUGUGGCCCACUUGAUUUUUAAAGCAUUAUUUAUAGACUUUUUUAUAGCGUGUACAGAAGUACAAACGAACAACAUAGGAACGUAGGGGAGUGACGCUGAUGUGCCAUUCUAACAUAGUGGACUAGUAGUGGGUGUGAAUAAAAAAAAUAAAUAAAAUUCAAAUUUCAUAAUGUU